CAUUGUAUAACCUUCAAAAGAGACGUUCACAGCUGAAAAAUACACAACUGCGUCGGUUUUCUUGGCCUGGAAAUCAUUUUAAGUUUAGUUUGAAAACAAUAGUUUUCAAGGGAAAAUGAUGCAGACUACGUUGGAACUAAUAUUCAAUUCGAGUUUUACGUUCUAUAUCCCCGCAUGGAUUGUAUUCAUAGCAAUGAUAUUUGCUUGUUGUCUUCUGUAUUGGGACAAAAACUUAUCCAAACUUCGGAUGAAGGGAAAACCAAAACCAUUUAAUGUCACUCACAACUCCUUUGAAGUUAGCUGGAACAAACCAACGUUUGCGUUUCCCAGUAGUUAUAUGGUUUAUGUACGAAAGGCGACAGAUCCCGAAGAUUGGGAGUCUUUUACGACCCCUGGUGGAGAGCGCUCCAUUAGAAUAACCGAUCUUACCCUCAAUACCAGAUAUAUUGUCAGGGUCCGCGCAUGUGCGGGUACAGAAACUGGGCCUAUUGGAGAUGAAAGUGGUGUCAUAACUACGAAGAAUUUAGCCUUCAAAAAAAAACAGGAAUCCACUUUGCUUCAUGUUCACACAGAAGUACCGAAUGCUUUACCCAUGUAUGCUGUCCAAUAUGAAAUAGACGAAGAUGAUGACAAAAAGAUUCGUAAGAUAAUAAUAGGGGAAGCGCUGGUAAAUGGUUGCAUCCAAAAUGGUAAAAGUAUAUUGUUAUUCAGCAUGCCCCAUUCAGGGAAGACCACUCUUUUGCAAGGAAUGAUGAAUUUUAUAUUUGGCGUGUCAUCAGCUGAUGACUUUCGGUUGUGUUUUUCUCCGGAGUUAAUGGUCAAGAGUGACCGGUAUCGAGACUGGGUUACAGUAUAUGAGUUCCAUGAGUACGAAGGAGGACGGUUGGAUUAUCCUUUUACAGUCAUUGAUAUUUCAAGAUUCUAUGGGUCAAAAAAGGAAUACUUUCUAAGAAUACAUGAUCAAAUCACUUCUUAUCAAUCAACAACUAACUGUAUCUGCUAUGUCGCGCAAAAUAAUACUUUUAGUUUGUCUGAUGAUCAAAUUGAAUAUAUCCAGUUCAUCAAGCAUAUUUUUCAAACCGAUAUGGAUACAGACUUAGGCUGUUGUUUUUGUACAUUUGCUGAUUUAGGGCCAACUCACGUAAAAGAAGUCCUUGAUAUAAAUAACAUUACGUCGGAUGAAUCAUAUAUGGUAAACUGGUCAUGCUUAUUCAAUAGGAUUGACCAUGCAUCCAAGUUUUUCUGGGUAACCAAUUUUCAAGGUCUUGACAAGUUUUUCAAACGUGUAAAAAUAUCAGACCGGAAAUGGUUGUUGGAUAAAAUAAAGAACGAUCAGCCGGGUCCAGGUGAAAAAAACGACGAACUGAUUUUGCAGAUUGUGGAUUUACAACCCGAAGUGACCAAAUAUCUCGGAAAACUUGGAGAAAUGAAGACUCACUAUGACACAUUCGUUGCUCACGAAAAUGAUAUCAAGUCGACUGGAGAUUUUCCAUUCACUAUCGAAGAAGUAAAACAAACAAAGGAACCACUUCAUCCAGGAAAGCACGUUACCACCUGCACUAUUUGCUAUUCAACUUGCCAUAAGGAGUGUAAUCUUCCUGACGAUGCCGGAAAAAAGAAUUGCCAAGCUAUGGAUAGCAAAGGGUACUGCAAGGAGUGCGAGGGGUGUUGCGUAUGGCAUCAUCAUAAAAACAUGACAUUUAUUUAUCGUUACAUUAGCGUUGAAGUAACAAAGUCCUUUAAGGAUAUGAAGGAAAGUUACGAACAAGACCACGGUAAGCCAUUGGACUUUGAAGAGUAUCUUGAUUAUUUAAACAAAGACAUUGAGACUCUUCUUGAGCGGCUUCAUGAAAAAGUCAAAAAAAUCAACGAUUGUACAAACGAGCUGCACGGUAUCAAGAAACGCCAGUUUGGAGAUUCGUUUGAUGAUACGAUCGAUCACAUGAUCAAGUCAGAAAAGAAAAACAAAGAGAAAGGCUACGAACGAAGAAUCGAAAUGUUCUUAGAGCUGAAAAAAUACACCCAAAUGAAAAUGAUAAAAAUCAAAAAAGGGAACUGAAGUGUCCACUAUUUACUUUAAAAUAGGUACAUGAACAUUUCCUUGUUUGCCUAAAAGAAGGAGUCUGUCGUCUUUCGAACAACAAAAAUGUAACCCUAUUAAGAUAUACAUGUAUGUCUCUUACUAUGUAUUUUUUCUGUAUUUACUACUGCGUUAAUUGCAAUUAUCUUAUUAAGAGUGCAAAAGCAUCCACGAUUUGGACAGUAACGCAACACCACUCAAACAUGAUGCUAACCCAAUUCAACCCCCCUUCCCGACAACAAUGAUGAUUUUUCCUUAAUCUAUUUUUAAAAAAAAAACUGUACUGCAAAUUCUAAGUUUAUUUAAUCCAGAAUUUUAGCAUCUGAUACAAAACACGCAUCUCAAUUCAAUUGUCUGAGACUUCCAUGGCGGAAAAGACUGAAGCAAGACAUCAUUUAAAAAAUAAUGUAUUGAAUGCAUCAUUGUA